UUAUCAAAAUACUCAUUACUCGUUAACUCGUUACAGAAAAAAUCUUCCUUGUGUAGAUUAAUUUACUGAAUAAUCGCAAGAGAUCAACAAAUGAAAUAAUUAUUAGUGCUCCUUUCAGCUACGUGCAUGAUUUUUUAUUUUACUUUUGCGGGAUACCUAUCUGUAAAGUACCUUUUUGUCAAUUUUUUCAACGAAAUUUGUAGAUAAUUCGAAUAAGCAUGUUGGCAUCGCCAUGUGCAACAUUUUAUAAACACAUAUUCCCUGACAAGUUGGCAUAAUAAUUCGACAAUAUGAUAUCGAGUGCAAUAACCUUUCGACUCUCCGCGAGAUCAGCAGCUAUUUUCGUAUUCAAGAUCAAGAUGAACACGAGCAUCCUAUCUUUUGCAGCCAGUUUUUUAUUACUGAUCCCUUUCAUACAAUGCAAUUACAGUAACAAAACUUUACUCGUCAUAAAAGAAGCAAAGCAAAUCAAUUACAGUAAUUCAAUCGCCGACGGAGUUUCGACGUUCAAAGACCUAUUAACACAGAGUGCCAUGUUCAUCGAUAAAACACUACUAAUUAAGGAAAUUCUACAAAAUCCGCACGCAGUUCAACUAAUUAUAUGCCCUAAAGGUUGGGGUAAAACGAAUAAUUUGGAUAUGCUUAAAACUUUCAUUAGCCAGCAAGUCGAUGCAAAAGGUAAUGCAAUAUUGCCAAUUGAAAAAACCUCCAGCUUUAAAUUAUUUCACGACGGUAUUAUAACCUUAAACGAUGGUUCAGAAGAGAAAUUACCAUCUCAUUUACUCAUUUCUGAACAUGCUGAAAUUAUAGAUCGUCAUUUAGGACAACAUGUCGUAAUUUAUUUAGACCUGAAACAUACCAGAGGCGACAAUUACGAAGAUGUUAUAAGAAAAAUCAGAGAAGCUGUGCGUGUUUCUUUUGAAGACCAUAAAUACUUGUUGAAUGCGUUGCAAAACGUCGUGAAUAACGAUACCGUUAGGGUGAAAGGGACAGCGCAAGAUGAUUUAGAAAGAUUCGAUAAAAUUCUGCACGGGCGAGAAAUCACGGAACAUUUGGAAUACAGUUUAUAUUAUUUAUGCGCUCUUUUACACGAUCAUUUUCGAAAAAAAGUUUUCAUUUUGAUAGACGAGUACGAUGUCCCAUUACGUAGCAUUUAUUUCAACGGGAAAUUCCCCGAAACAGAUGUAAAAAAGCUUCUAAUGUUUUUCGAACUGUUUUUAGGCAGUAUUUUCAAAGACAAUGUGUACCUGAUGAAGGGAAUUAUUACAGGCACUUUACGUAUGGCUCAACAAACAGUAUAUUCAAAAUGGAAUAACGUCGUGGAAUACAAUAUCAUUUAUAAGCCUAACCCCAUUCUGAGGUAUUAUGGUUUCCACGAAGAGGAUGUACAAUUAUUAUUCGACCAACAUCGAAUUUUACGCAACACAACAAAAGCUGCUAAACGAUGGUAUAAUGGAUAUUGCCUAUGUGUAAGAAAUGGCACGAUACAGCAUCUUUACAAUCCUUCAUCGGUGAUAAAAUUCUUAAAAACAAAAAAUAUUCAAAGUUAUUGGGAAGAAAAAGAGAGAACUGAUUUUAUUGAGACAGCAAUUCGAAAAAGUAGACUUAUAAGGAAUAAAAUAACGGAUUUACUUCAAGAAAAUACAAUAUUGAUUAACAUGGAUCAUUUACGUUUCGGUGAAGAAUUGCUUUUAAAUUUAAAGCAACUAUUUCAUACCCAAAUGGACGAGUAUAGAGUUCCUCCUCAUAUUUGCGAGUUAUUUUUUUCCUACCUUUUGCAAAAAGGAUAUUUGGCUAUAGCGGAAGUUCAAUAUGAUAGUUUAACGAUGAUUCGAGCAAAAUUACCCAACGAUGAAGUAGCGUAUGAAUUAACGCAAAGAUUAAUUUUCUUUUAUUCGGACCGAUACGGUAUCGACGACGCGAUUCUACGAAAUGCUGCCGAACAUCUGGGAGAAUUGGUCAGAGAUGAAGUAUUCGACGUGCUUGAUUUCAAAGAUACUUUAAAAGCGUUAUACGCUAGUUUACCUCCUUUUGAGAAUAUUCUGAAAAAAGUCGGUAAAGAAUUCAACGUUAAAAAUAACGAAGAUCUUGUAGCUUCGGUGAUGUACGUAGUGGCGCUCAAAAUGCAAUGCAUUUCCAAAUUUGAGGCUAAAGUGUAUUAUAAAAGUAAAAUUGGAGGCGAUAUCGUUAUAUUCGAAGAAUUUUUCGAUAGAAUAACGAUUAUAAGAUGUAAAUAUGACGACUCGUGCUCUGGUAUAGCUAUGCAAGAAGCUUUACUUUCGAAAGAUAUCGUAGAAAGAAUACAAUUUAUCAAAAGGAGUACUUAUAUUGGAAUGAAUAUUCAUCCGAAUGGAACCACAGAUGUUACAGUCCAUGUUCAAAAUCCGAUUGGUUCGGAUGAAUUUCCAAUAUAUUUUAAUAGAACAACGAAUAAUUGGCAAUUAUUAACAUGGCCUAAUGGUUCAGAAGUCGAUAUUUCUUGGUUAGAUCAAGAAUGAAUCCAAAAUUAAUCUCCAAAAUAGAAAAAAUUGAAAGAUUUUAUGUGAGGUACCAUUUUUAAAAUUUUUUGAUUUGAUUUUCAUUUUUUUUUUCAUUUAUUUUUUUUACCAUAUAACAUUAUAAAAUUGAAACGAUCGAAUAGAAAGAAAUUAAUGAAAAUAAAUUCGAGAUCUUCGAAAGAAAAAUAAUUUUUAAUAAAUAGUUAAGUAAACAUCAAGUUUAUAGGAAGGAUCUAAUAAUGAUGGCAGAACGUAGAUAAAAAGAAAACUCAAUCUUCUCCUUUCGGUAACAAAAUUGUGCAAUUCCAAAUUUUACAUGAUGAAAGUGAUUAACUACUCAGAAUGUAAUGCUAAGAGUACACAAAGGUAAUAAAAUUCAUAAUAAUAGAUGAAAAAUAUCAAAAACUAUAAAAAUUAAAUUACAACAACCUGAAAUAAAAUAAUAGUAUAAUCACAAAGAGCAGAGGAAAUAUAAUAUAAAUAUUUUAAAAUCAAAUGCAAUUAUCGCUCACGAGGAUUAAUAGACAAAAAGAAAAUAUUUCAUUCAACAUCUCGUUUGUAAUCGCAUCUUAUCUGAACAUAAAUUUUUAAUGAAAAAUAGUAAAAAAUAUUAUACUUAUCAGAAAAAAAUUGAUUAAGUAGGUACCUAGUUAACAAUGAUAGGGAUUGGGGGAGGGGGGGGGGUUAACGAAACUAAGUAUUACUUGACCUGUAAUGAUACUACUCGAUACCUAUCGCUGCAUUGAUAUAAUGAAAAAGUGGUAAAAUGACGAUAAUAAUGGUACAGGAAAAUGAAAUCAUAAAACCUCGCAAGAUGGAAGAAUAUCGCAUAAAAAUAAAUAACAAUUUGACUAGAAAAUUUCAGCCAUCAUUAAAAUGACCAAGGAAGUCCAACCUGUGAAAGGUCUCGCACCUUCACCAUGGCCUGUACGUUCAUUGUAAUGUUCCCAUAAAUAUCCUGUUCUUUUGUAUUCUGAAUAAACAUUUUUUACGAUAUUGUUUCGUAAUUUAUGAUACAAAGAUUCGGCUACUUUAUUGUACGGUCCGAGGGUCUCGCUGUAAUGUUUCAAAGCUCUCACCACUAAAUAGUUGACAUUAAUCCAAAUAGGACCUCUCCAGUAUGGGCGAUCUUGUUCAGUAUUAUACUUCAUAUACAAGGGUGAUUUUUUAGAAAGCGACCGUAAUCCAAAAUCAGUCCAUAAUAAUUCAGGGUCGGCGAUUUUCUCUAAAAUUUUACCAAGUUUCGGACUAUCCGGAUCGAUAAUAAACGUAAUCAAUGGCAUCAGACUGUUGUAGCCAAAGGUAGUAUCGACUAGCCGAUAAACAGGCGGCUUCAGAACACGUCUUUCUUUGACUCGAGGACCGCGAGAUUUCCCAGAAGGAUAGGCUAGUAUUACAUCAUCGGUAUGCAGGCCAUAAUCCGCAUAGACUUCGUACUUGUCUGACCAAUGAUACCGGUCCAACAAUGUGUUAUCUUUGAGAUAUGCGGCUGUUUCGGCGAACCGAUAACUCGGUUUGUUCAAUAAAUUGGAAAUAGUGACGAUUGUUGCAGCGCUAUAAGCAAUCCAGCAGCGUAAAUCGAUGUGUCGUUCUUCAUCGGUAGGAUGAGAAGCUCUCGGGUAAUCGUCAAAACCGGAAGUUAAAGUUUUAGGAUUAAGCUCUCGAGUAGUAUUGGCAUCUCUUCCACGCCAUCUGUAAGUUCCAAAAACAUUACCCGUUUGGGUGGUAUUGAACCAAUCAAACCAUGCGACCAAUCUCGUAUACAUUCUAUCCAACGUUUCCAGUCUAGUAGAUUGUUCGAUCAAUUGUUCUUCGAAAUUUUGUAUGAUGAAAUUCAACGUCAAAAGAAACAACGGAGGAUUCGCGUUCGUGUUGACUUGGGUGACGAAUUCAGCCGGUACACGAUCGAGGGCUUCCGCGCCUAGGAUUUGUUCACGUGGAAUCCAUCCUUCAACGUUCAUCAAAUCGAACCAGUGACUUAUAAUAUCUAAUUCGAUAUCCAAAUCCCAAACUGAGAUCAUCAAGCCGUGAAAACCUUCAUCCCACAGAAAG